AUGGCUACCCUAGCAACCGCGCGGUGCGCCGAUAAACAUUGCUCGGGAGAUGUCAAAGGCCAGCAGCCCUGCACAUCAUCCCCGGUCAGCAGUGACAAUGCGGAUCACAGGCUGUCCAGACAGAAAGCUGCACAGUUCCUCAGGGAAGCUGAGAAGAACAGGAGGCAGAUUGAAAAGUUGGAGAAAGAGAGAGCACUAAGUGUUCUGUGCAGAAAGAGUGGCUGGACAGAUGUGUCUGGAGAACUUGAAGAGUAUGAGAAAGUGCUGGAGGAGGAGAGAAACACAGACAAAAUUAAUCUUCAAAAGCAACUGGUGAAGAUUCAUAACGGUGUGAAGAAGUUUCAGAGGCAGCUAAUAGAUGUGAAGCCAACUCCUGAGUUGAUUGAAAGACUGAAGGAAAUAAUGUCAGAGGUGGAAAUCUCAAUCAACACCCUAAAACAGGAGCAGCGCUCAUGCUUUGAGGAACUUCUGAAGGAGGAGAAGUCAUACAGACAGGAGGUCUCUGCCUAUGAGAAGAAGAUUGAAAACUGGAGCCUUGCUCUCAAAUCAGACCCCAAACUACUCUCAGCUUCCACUGCUAAGCCCGGACCCCCGGACAGAAACCUCCCUGCAGAGGUCAGAGCACUGGAGGCUUUCCUGCAGAAGACAGGAGGCCCUUGUGGUGGCUGGGACCAGUAUGACCACCAAGCCUUCCUUAAAGUCUGGACAAAGCACAGUGGGCAGCCAGCCUACAGGAAGGAGGCAAAACUUUACUUGCCUGGUAAAACACUGGAUGAGAUAGAACAACAUGAGGACUGGUAUCAAGAGCUGAUCUAUCUGCAGGACAGAAAGAGAGAGGCUAUUCAGCGAUGGAGAGCCAGCAAGCAUCAAGAACGCCAGACCAGCAUACAGAGUCAGGAGGGGGCAGAGGAGGCUGAAAGGAGGGAGAAAGAGGCCAAGAGCCAGGCCCAACAACAGAGGACUGAGGAGGAGAGGAGGGAGGCGACACGGCGACUGGAGGAGUGGAGGGAAGAGAAGAGAAGGAGAGAGGAACAGGAAGAGGAGCAAAGACUGACUGAAGAGAUACGAAAGAGGAGACAGGCACAGGAAGAGCGUCGUCGCCAGCUUGAAGUGAAGCUGAUCAUUGAGGAGCAGUUACGACUGAGGAAAGAGCAGGAGGAGGAACAUCAGAAAAGGAGAAGAGAGAAGGAACAGAGGGAGAUGGAUGAGAGGAGAAGGGAGGCAGCAAAGGGCAUCAAACACUUUAAUGAAAGGGAUCUUCACAAGGUGGAGGCAAAGCUUCAGGAGAAACAGCUGAGGGAGCAAGAGGAAGAGGAAAGACAGAGGAGGAUCGCUGCUAAGUUGAAGGAGAAGGUGGAUGGUCAUGUAAGCAGAGACCCCUCCAGGCUUACCCGUCCCACAAAGGGAUGGGAGGAGCGAAUGAAACACAUCGGACCUUCAGGAGGAGGGCCUGUGCUGCAGAUGUUUCAUAGAGCUGUUCCCACUUGGAGACAGGGCCUGUGAUGAGCGACAAUGGAAGCCAAGUGAAAAGUCCUAAAAUGCAUUCAGAAUGUCUGAAAUUAGAUUAAAUGAAAAUUUACGCAGUGGCAUC